AUGCAGUUCGCCACCAGCCUCGUCUCCCUCGUCCUCGCCGCCGCCAGCGUGCGUGCCGCUCCCGGCACCUCCGUCAAGGCCGCCGCCCGCCAGGAGACCCCGCGAGUCUACGUCAAGUUCUUCAGCGACAACGCCUGCCUGGGCACCUGGGUCGAGGACACCGUCUGGGUGCAGAACCCCACCGACACCUGCCUGGACGUGAACAUCCCCGAGGGCUACAACAGCUUUCUCGUCGUGGACAACUACGACACCACUACCCUUCGCGUCUUCAGCCUGAACGGCUGCAACACGAACACGGGCAACUACGUCGACAUCGCCCCUGGCGUCGAGCAGUGCUACGCUCAGCACGCCGGAUCCGUCGAGUUCCUCUCAUCCUAG